AUGGCACCUUAUACGUUUACAUUGUUUGCUCCAUAUAAUAAAAGUGCUGGUUUGCGAUUGAAAAAUGCAAAUUCACGAAUGUUUGGAAUUGAUAUUCCAAUGGAAAAAAAUGAAGAAGAUGGAUAUUUUCGAGUCACUACUGAUUUGGCUGAUGACGGGCAAGAGGGUACAGAAACUCGUUUUUUUAGUGAAGAAGAGAAAAAUGCUAAGAAUUUAAAAACCGGUCGAUCACCAGCCGGUUUGAAAACCUUUCUAGACUGGUGA